AGCAGUUUUUCCCCCGAGAGCGACCAAGACCGGAUAUGACGUAUCUCCUGCUUAGGUGACGUAGCCACUACUUUAGCGUCAGAGGCGAUGUAGUCUUAUCAAUAGAUCAUAUUUGCUGUCUUUCGUUUACCUGUUUUCGGAGGAAUUUGGAAAUUGAGGCUAUAAUUUUAUAUACGAACGUUGAGAGACCGCUUCUUUACAGAACUGACAGUUUUUUGUAGUAAUUUGGAGCUCAGUUCACGUAGCUAGCUAGCUCGUUACUUGGGUAGGUAGCUAAUUGUAGCUAGCAGGUCGAGUAGCUAUAAUUGUGACACGACAGCUUUGUGUGGCUCACUGAAACAGUUAAAGUAAAAAAAAAAAAAUGCUGUCGUGUCAGCUCGGUUUAGGAAGAUGAACGUAUCUGGAUAUAAACCUAAAGCAGCUAAUUAGUGGUAACCAGCUGUGUAUUGGGUAGCUAGCAGCUGUUAAAUCGCGAUUUACAAUCAGUUGGUAGCAAACUCGACAUUUGGCAGCAUGGAUUUCCACAGCGUGCUGUCCAUCGCCUCCCAAAAGCAAGGCCUGAGCAGCUUACCGAAGAGGUACAGCUUGAAACCUGGCCCUCCGAAGAAAGACCCAAAAGUGAAAGGUGUCAAUUCAUCUGCGGUGCAAGCAUACUUGAAGAAGCAGGAGAUGGAACAGAAAAAGAAAGAUUUGGAGAAAAAAAAGCAGAAGGAAGAUCUCCUGGCUAAGAGAGUGGAAUUGAAAUCCGACCGAAAGGCACGUGCCAUGGCAUCUCGCACCAAGGACAACUUCCAUGGCUACAAUGGCAUACCCAUUGUAGAUCAGCCCAAGAAAAGGCAGAGUAAGGCUGCAAAGUUUGAGAGACAACCAGGGGAUGAUGAUGAUGAUGAUUAUUACGAUGAGGACAAUUAUGAAUAUGCAGACACUGACUCUGAGUCUGAACCAGAGCCCACGCCUGCAGUAAGGCCUCAAGAACGCAGUAAUGGUUCAACCAAAAUGAGCAACACACAGAAAAAAACUAGCGCUCCACCAAAGGCUGCUCCAUCACUUAUGAAUUUUGCAGACCUCUUAAAGCUCGCUGAGAAAAAACAGUUUGAACCUGUCGAGUUGAAACCAACAAAGAAAACUGAAGAGAGGCUUCGCACAGCAGAGGAAAUUAGAGAGUUAGAACUUGAGCGCAAAGCUAAGAAACAAGAUAAAGGGAGAGACAUUAAACCAGAUAAAAGUUCAGGGCACAAAGAUAGCAAAUCCAGCAUGAAUUCUCACAAGAAAAAUAUGGUUGACAGGGAAGGACUAUCGCACAGGUCAUCAGGUGAGAGAUCAUCCAGUGGAAUUAGCAAAAUGCCAAAGCCGCACACACAGACUGAGCGACCGCACAGUUCUGCAAAAUCAUCUCAUGGAUCCAAACCUAGCUCUAGUUCCUCAGGUGCCUUAAGUGGUAAAGCUGCCAUGAAGGGAACUUCAGCUUCAGUCAAGCAAACAGGGCCCAGGCCCCAGUCUGGCGAAAAGCCAACCACCUCAAGUGACCUUAACUCUAAGAAAGGCUAUCCAGGACUACCUCAAGUGAAAACGAAUAGUUCUGGGAGCCGAGCUGAUGCUGCUUCAAACUCGUCUAGACCAUCGGGUCAUGGGCAAGGGAUUAAGGGAUCUGGGCAAACCAGACCUAGUCAGGGUAACAUGAACAAGAGAGGACCUCCUCAAAAGCCGGGAAAGGGAGAGGUGCCACGAUCUGGAGGCAAUCCUCCUCCCCGACCAGGUGUCAACGGACCUAUGAGAUCUGCACCUGCUGGCUCUGCAAAACAAGCAGAAUCUCAGCAGCCAAGACCCAGAGGCAGCAUGCAGGGCCGUCCCGUUCCUGGAGGGGCAAAACCCCCUGUAAAUGGACAAGGCAAACCUAGCAGACCAUUAAACACUAUGGGACCAGGUCCUGGACGACCCCCGUGUACUGUUGUGUCAGAGACCAUUUCAUCGAAGAACUUUGCACCUAAACAAGGAAUGGCUGCCAGGCCUCCAGUUCCUCAGGGGCCCAAAACAAUCAUAGGACCAACAGGUCAUAGAAUUUUGGUUAGUCCGCCAGGACCGAUGCUACCACCAAUAACAUCUAGCUACAAACGCAAAUAUGAGGAUGAAGAGGAGUAUGACUCUGAGAUGGAUGACUUCAUUGAUGAUGAAGGAGGAGACCAGGAUGAAAUUUCAAAACAUAUCCGAGAAAUCUUCGGCUAUGAUCGGAACAAAUACAAAGAUGAGAGUGACUAUGCAUUGAAGUUUAUGGAGAGCAGUUGGAGAGAACAACAGAAGGAGGAGGCGCGAAGUUUGCGCUUGGGUAUUAAAGAAGAUGAAGAAGACAUGCGUAUGGAGGAGGAGGAGAUGAAAAGAAAGCAAGUGAUGAAAACAAAACGCAAAAAGACUUGAUGUUCAAGUUUGUUUGAUUGACUUGCGUGGAGUAAAGUCAGUUGUGUAGAGCAGGCUCGACAGUUCCUUGUGCCAUUCUGCAAUUAAUGUUACAUUAUUUAUUUCAAAUUACCAAAAUAGGGGAUCAGUUUUGCACUACCAAGAGCCCAUCUUUAAUAGCUGAGCUUUAGAGAAAGUAAUAUAAUGUAUCACUAAUGCCAUUUUUUUAUAUUGGUAAAGAUCAUGGAAUUACAAUUAUGUAAUUGCAGAAUCAACGUCUGCUUUGGUAUUUGUUCAGGAUUUGAAGAUUGUGAGUCUUAUUUUAUUAACGGUAUUUAAUGAUGGAUGAAACAUUCUGCAAAUUUUGCAAUGUAUUUUUCUUGGUAAAGCAAUUUGACAGA